CAACUACAUACAAACAAACAGAGUGGACAAUAGAUUAACAAAUUCAUGACGAUGAGCCUCUUGUUUUGUAGCCCAUCCGCUCUCCGCUGCAAUCUCCAUCCUCUACGCCGCCACGUGUGCACCCCCGUCCCCACUGGCCUCACUCUCUCCUCCUCCGCUUCGCUCACUCCGAAGCUUGCUCCUCCCUUCCUCCGUGUCCACCUUCUCCAUCCUGCGCCGUGCGCUCCCCUGCACCCUCCCUCUUCUUCUCCCUGCACCCCACGAGCUGCAGCUGGAGAUUUCCUGAGAGAUUCCGGAGCCACCGCUGCUGUCCUCGCCGGCGCUUACGCCCUCGUCUUCUACUUUGAUAACCUCACUCGGAGAAACCUCAUCCAACAGAGUUUAAGCAGAAAGAUGGUCCAUGUAUUGUCUGGUCUGCUUUUCAUGGUUUCUUGGCCGAUUUUCAGCACCUCAACUGAGGCUCGCUACUUUGCUUCUUUUGUUCCUCUCGUGAAUUGCUUGAGGCUUGUCGUCCAUGGCUUCUCAUUGGCUUCUGAUGAAAAGCUCAUAAAAUCAGUUACUCGAGAAGGAAAGCCAGAGGAGUUGCUUCGAGGUCCUUUGUACUAUGUCCUGGUAUUGAUCGUAUGUGUUCUUGUUUUUUGGCGUGAGUCUCCAGUUGGACUGAUCUCACUUGCAAUGAUGUGCGGUGGUGAUGGUGUUGCUGAUAUCAUAGGCAGAAGAUUUGGAUCGAUGAAGCUUCCUUAUAAUCAACAGAAGAGUUGGGCGGGUAGCAUAUCCAUGUUUGGUUGUGGAUUCCUGAUUUCCAUCGGGAUGCUGUAUUACUAUUCAGUUCUGGGAUAUUUCCAAUUGGAUUGGGGAACAACAGUGCAAAAAGUGGCUCUAGUAUCCUUGGUUGCAACAGUGGUGGAGUCCCUUUCAACCACAGAUGUAGUAGAUGACAACAUAUCAGUUCCUUUAGCAAGCAUGGCAGUGGCAUUUUUGAGUUUUGGUUAUUGAAAUCCUGAAAAGUGAGGGAAUGAUCUUUCAAUAUCGCUGAAAUCCCAGCAAAUUAAUUACCAUCGCAAUCAUUUUCUUUCAAAGUGUUUGAAAUUAAUAUUGAUCCAUACUCAUGAUGAUAUUCUGCUUUCUUGGUGGAAAAAAACAAACAUAAAUAAAAGAAAAAUAUGGAGACCCGAAGUAUUGACUCGUCCGUUUUGUGUGAGAUGCAAAUAUUCUUACUAUCAGAGUCACUAUGCCAUAUUUCUCUCAGCGUUAUCUGUAAAAAAACUUAGUUGUGAUGAGAUAAACAUAUCCUUUUGUAUUUCCG